ACAUACACGACUCGAAAGUGGCGGUAGUAAUCUGGUUGAAAAUAAGCAUUAAAGUGUAAUGAAUUGUAAUUUUGUCUGAGGGAAUGUAAUAAGUGUGGUUAGUGUAUUUCUUGUUGAGUGUGAUCGCAGUCGGCCGGCUACAACGAUGGGAGUAACCGGCUUGUGGAAACUGGUGGAACAAUCGGGAAAACCGGUUCCAUUGGAGACGCUGGAAAACAAGGUGCUUGCAGUCGAUAUAUCAAUCUGGCUUCAUCAGGUGACUAAGGGAUUUCAGGAUUCCAAGGGAAGUUCCCUCCCGAAUGCACACAUUCUGGGCCUAUUCCAUCGGCUUUGCAAGCUGAUGUACUAUCGCAUUAAGCCAGUGUUUGUUUUCGACGGUGGAGUUCCAGCCUUGAAAAGACAAACUAUUGCAAAGCGCAACCAGAGCAAAAGCAAGUACCACAAUGAAGCUGAUCGAUUGCAGCAACUGUUACUGGAAACACUGGCAAAGGAAAAGGUCGUCCAACAAGCCCUGGGAUCAGCAACGAAUCUGCUGGUUUCACCUUCGAAAAAACCCGGUAACAACAGCAAAACCGAAGGCGAACCGGACGAAAUGUUCAAACUGCCUCCGUUGAAGGAAGACUCGCCAUUCAAGAAUGCUGACAGUAGCCAAACGGAUCUGGAUGACAGUUGCAGCUCUUGGGAUGAGAAGAGUUCAAAGACGUACUACCAUCUGAACUUGAAUGCGAUCGACGUAACGAGUGUUCAUUUCAAAAACUUACCGGCCGAUGUGAGACAUGACAUUUUGAGUGAUAUCAAGGAGACGAGGAAACAGAAUUCCUGGGGACGGUUGCACGAACUACCAGUAGAAAGUAAUAAUUUUUCAUCGUUUCAAAUGAAGCGGCUUCUAAAGCGUCGUACCGUUCAGGUGGAGCUAGAGGAAGCCGAAAAGGAGAUGGGUGGGAAAUGUCUUUCGUUGGCAGAGCUAGAAGCACUGCUGUCCGAGGAGGGAGUGGACACUUCCUCCAGUCAAGCGGCACAGAAGAUUGCUUCGGAUGAAAAUACACGAUUUUUGCUGGUCAGAGACGUGCAGAAAGCAAUUGAGAAGGCAAAAAUCAAGGAAGAAGAGGAGAAAAAUGCUCCGAAGCCGCCAAAAUUCGCCAAAAAGAAUGCUUCGAAGUCGGAACCGGUGGAGGUGUUGGAUGAUAAGGAAAUGGAUGAGGAGUUGCAGUUGGCCAUCCAGAUGUCGCUGAUGCAGGAUGAAGAUCCCAAUGUGUUGAUCAAUCUGGAACAGGAUGAGGUGCAGAUGUCAAAGAAGCAGAAGGAAGCUUUAGGGAGUGCUGCCUUGGGUUUGGCUCGAGGGUAUAUGAUGGAGUACGGUGGCAUGUCCAACGAUGAUUUUCGAGAAUUGAUGCAUCAAACACAGGAUGUGGAUCCGGGUGAGGCGGAGCAAUCAUUCACGCAGAUGUUUAACCACAAUAGUGUGUCUGUGUUGAAAGGAACAGAUGAUCCAGAGGAUAAGGAAGAAGCGGAACAGACAGCUGAAGUUUUGGCAUCAUCAGAUACAGACACGGACUCGGAUUUCAUCGAUGUUCCAACGGACGAUUUGGAUGAUUCGGCUCCCGGAGUAUUGCUACCGUUGAACCCUAGCAACCACCUGAAGCCGCUCUAUAGUACCGUAGUGGACUUUAGGUUGGAGGAUUUGAAGCUGAACAAAGAUGGAAAGAAGGUGGUGGAAGUGAUUAUCGAUGAGAGGAAGAUUGGUGCGAAGGAGGAAGAUGAUAUUUUUGCUGACAUAUUUGAACCGAAAAUGGUGGAUGAAUUAGACCAAUUGAAACCGAUUAUGGAGAAGGCAUUAAUUUCUAAAAUUCAUCAGGAUGUUCCGGAAAUAACAAAUCUAGUUCCAAGUGGUUCAAAAGAGCAAAUAAAGCCACUAGUGACGCCAAAGUUUGCUGGACUCAAAGUCAAAAAGGUGGACGAUAUCAACGCACGGCUACAAGAGGAACUUGAACGGUUGAAAACGGCACCGGUGAUCAACCUGGACGAUAUAUCAGUCAAUCUUGAUGAAGACCAUCCACUUGUCGAGACAAUACCGACCAAGAAAAGCGUAGAAAACAGCAAACCAGAGGCCGUACAUGACAGCAUCAAAAAGCAACCAGAAAUGCUCAAAUCCCAGGCCCCGGUGAUCGAUUUGGACGAAAUCAAACUGGAUGAUGCUUUGGUGAAGGAAGCUGAACCGAACAAAGCAAUCUCAGAUGCCGAAGACAGCGAUGCAACCGUGGGCUAUUCACCAAUGAAGGAAGUUCGAAAAAUGCUGGAAACUUCAGAAAAAUCUCGCAUGACCACAAUCCAAUCCAACGAAACUGAACCUGAAGCUCAGCAAGUAACGAACCACAUUUAUGAUACUCCUAAAAAGGGAACACUUGAGCAUUUGGUUUUAUCACGCACGCCCGGUAGCGACUCGAAGCAGUCCGAACCGGAAGAAGACAUACCGAAUGUACCGAAACCUUUCUUCGUUAACAAAACACCAACGUCGUCUUCGAAGAAGCAACAUCUCCAAUCCCCGAAUUCGACCCCAUCAAAGGCAACCAAAGUCUCGAAGGAACUGUUUCCCCCAUCGGAGGAACCGAUGCCCUCAACCAGCAAAGCUCCGUUGCCAACAGCCGAGAAUAUGAUUGCCGAUAUGGCAGACACCUUGAAGGACAACAAAACACCUUUGGAGCUGAAAAAGAUGGCUUUGAAUCUUGCCCAAACAGAAAGGGAACUGGAGAAGGAAAAGAACCGUCAAGCUCGGUUGGGAACGUCCAUAACGGAGCAGAUGCAAGACGAUUGCAUGCAGCUCCUGAGAUUGUUCGGGGUUCCGUACAUCGUGGCACCGAUGGAGGCGGAAGCGCAGUGUGCUUUUCUGAAUCAGAUCCAGAUUACUGACGGGACGAUUACGGAUGACAGUGAUAUUUGGCUGUUCGGUGGGCAGACGGUGUAUAAGAAUUUCUUCAAUCAGCAAAAGUUGGUGCUGGAGUAUUCGGCGGAUGGCAUCGAGCGGUUGUUUCAGAUGGACCGGAAGAAGCUGAUACAGCUGGCUCUGUUGGUGGGAAGCGAUUAUACAACGGGUAUCAACGGCAUCGGUGCUGUCACGGCACUGGAGAUACUCGCAUCGUUUCCAACCACGCCGGAAAAGGACGGUGAAACUUCGGAAAUGAUGUCCCUUCUCUCGGGACUGCGCAAAUUUCGCGACUGGUGGAACCACGGCCGAAACAGUUCCGUAGGUACCCGCAUAACCCUCAAAUCCAAGCUGAAAAACAUUGAAUUUACCGAAGGAUUUCCCAGUUCCGGAGUGGUAGAAGCAUAUCUGUUCCCCACGGUAGACAGCAACAAGGAACCCUUCACAUGGGGCUACCCGGACGUGGAAAGUUUACGGGACUUUACGAAGCAAAAAUUCGGCUGGCCUCAGUCCAAAUUCAAUGACGUCAUAAUGCCGGUGAUUAAACGAUUGGAUGAACGGAAAUCGCAAGCUUCGAUUAAGAACUACUUUAAAGUUCAAAGCGCUGUCGCCAACAAUCAGCUGAAGGUCAGCAAGCGCGUUCAGCAAGCCGUUGAUGUCAUGGCAGGAAAAGUUACGGAAGAACCGGUCAAGAGUCCAAAGAAAAAGGUCACACGCAAGCGCAAACCAAAAGCAGGUGAACCAACUGAUGCUGCUGCAACUCAAUCAACAUCUUCCGAAAUUAUCAGCUUGACACAAGACAGCGAUGAUGACUUUGCUGAGCCGAAGAAAACUAGAGGAAGAAAGCCUGCAGCAAGCAAGGCCAAGAAAGCAAUACCAAAAUCUGCCAAGCAGACAAUCACGGGUCAAACCGAAAACUCCGAAACCGACAAACCAUCCACCUCCUUGGUGAACAUCGGCAGUUUAAUCUCCAAGAUAAACGAUCAAUCGGCGGACAAGCUGGGAGAAGAUGCUGCUGUCGGCAGAAAGAAACCUGUCAAGAACAAGAUACCGGAUUUCAAUCCCCCUAUUCCGCAGCGCUUGAAGGACGAAGAGGAUGUGGUCAACCGGAAGCAACGAGCAAUUGAAGUAUUCAAAAAGUCACAAGCCGAAUCGAAAGGCCCAAAAACACGCAAAUAAGUCGCCUGCCCAAGGCAGGUUCAAUGUGUCUAAUUUAAUUGUUAUUGAUGAAUAAAAUACGCUCGCAGCGUGUCUCAGAA